GGAGAGAGAGAAGCAGACAGACUCGCACGGCACUGACAAUGGCCCCCAAAGUAACGACAGAAAUUCUGCGCCAAUUGAGAGUCGCCAUGCGCUCGUCCCUGUCGGGGUCACUUCAGGCCUAUAUUGUGCCCUCCGGAGACGCCCACCAGAGCGAGUACAUAGCCCCGUGCGACUGCCGGAGGGAAUUCAUUUCUGGAUUUGAUGGCUCUGCAGGGACAGCCAUAGUAACGGAGGAGGGAGCUGCCAUGUGGACAGACGGACGUUACUUCCUGCAGGCGGCGCAGCAAAUGGACAGUAACUGGUCCCUCAUGAAGAUGGGGUUAAAGGACACCCCGACUCAGGAGGACUGGCUCAUCAGUGUUCUUCCAGACUCGUCCCGGGUUGGAGUCGACCCAUUUAUCAUCCAAACAGACCAGUGGAAGAGCCUGUCCCUCGCACUCAAGAACUCGGGGCACCAUCUGGUUCCUGUGCAGGAAAAUCUCAUCGACUCCAUCUGGGCACAACGACCCACCAGGCCUUGCCGACCCCUCAUAACUCUGGGGCUGAACUACACCGGGCUCUCGUGGAAGGCAAAGAUUGAGUCGCUCCGAGCCAAGAUGGCGGAGAAGAAAGCCUCCUGGAUCGUCCUGACGGGAUUGGAUGAAGUCGCCUGGCUCUUCAACCUGCGAGGCCUCGAUGUGGAAUAUAACCCCGUGUUCUUUGCUUAUGCCAUCAUAGGGAGCAGCACUAUCAGGCUGUUUAUCAGUGGAGAGCGGGUGGCAGAUCCGGGAUUCAGGGAGCACCUCCUGCUCGACUCCUCCCCCCCACCCGAAUUCCUGGUCCAGCUGGAGCCGUAUGAGUCCAUAUUGGCCACCCUGCAGGGCAUCUGCUCCGGACUCGCUGCCAAGGAGAAAGUGUGGAUCAGUGACAAGGCCAGUUAUGCCCUGACGGAGGCAAUUCCCAAGACCCACAGGCUCCUGUCCCAGUACAGCCCCAUUUGUUUGGCCAAAGCCGUGAAGAACCCGGUGGAGACAGAGGGGAUGAGAAGGGCCCACGUGAAAGAUGCCGUGGCCCUCUGUGAGCUGUUUAAUUGGCUGGAAAAGGAGAUCCCAAAGGGAACCGUCACCGAAAUCUCUGCUGCGGAUAAAGCUGAGGAAUUCCGCCGGCAACAAGUGGAUUUUGUAGAACUCAGUUUCGCCACCAUCUCCAGCUCAGGACCUAACGCCGCCAUCAUCCAUUACAAACCCGUCCCCGAAACAAACCGGCAGCUCUCGGCCAAUGAGAUUUUCCUCUUGGAUUCUGGAGCUCAAUUCAAGGACGGCACCACCGAUGUUACCAGGACCCUGCACUUUGGGACCCCCACUGACUAUGAGAAGGAAUGCUUCACAUACGUGUUACAGGGGCACAUCGCUGUCAGUUCUGCCGUGUUCCCCAACGGGACCAAAGGACAUCUCCUGGACUCAUUUGCCCGGGCGGCUCUGUGGGACACCGGACUGGACUAUCUGCACGGAACUGGCCACGGAGUCGGCUCUUUCCUCAAUGUGCACGAGGGGCCGUGUGGCAUCAGCUACAAGACGUUUGCAGACGAACCCCUGGAAGCGGGAAUGGUUCUGUCCGACGAGCCCGGGUAUUAUGAAGACGGCUCGUUUGGCAUCAGGAUUGAGAAUUUGGUUCUGGUGGUUCCAGCUAAGACCAAGUACAAUUUCCGGGACCGCGGGAGCCUGACCUUCCAGCCAAUCACAUUGGUUCCUAUUCAGGCCAAAAUGAUCAACAUUCAACUGCUGACACAAGCAGAGGUUGAUUGGCUGAACGAGUACCAUAGACAAUGCAGAGAAGUGGUUGGGGCGGAGCUGGAGAAACAGGGGCGGAACGAGGCCCUUCAGUGGCUGAUAAGGGAAACGCAGCCCAUUAGCAAAGGCAACUAGCGGCAUUUUAUAGGUUUUAUACACAUGGCAGCUCCCGGGCUCAGUCGGGCAGUGUCAGCGCACUUACUGGGACUGGAAAUCAUGGACCUCCUCAUGGACUCAACAAACAAUCUGCAUUAGUGGGAGCCACAGUGUGACCCAGGGCCCAUAAGGUUGUUAAUAUCAAAUGAAUUCUUUUCACCACUGGGCCUGUCCCCAACAGAUUCACAUGUCCAUAUAAUAAUUCUGGUUCUGGCCAACAGCCGGGCAGCUGCUCAUUUGUUCCUCAUCGUGAUUUAUGGGAAACUGCACCUACAAUUAACUUGUAAUAUGGUGAAGCUCUGAGAAAUUGCAGUUGGUCUUUAUUUCUUA